AAAAAUUCUUUCAGACGGUAUUAUGCGGCCUCUUUGUUAUCUCCACGCUCGGAGAUCCGAUUAGAACAAAGAGAGAGCCUCCCGUAAGCUCACACUAUGGUGCACCAGACAUAGGACCAUCUGAUUCUUAUGGUGCACCACCUUCGAGUUCUUACGGUGCACCACCCCCACCAUCAUCGUCUUAUGGUGCACCUUCAUCAUCUUAUGGUGCACCAUCCGGAGGGGAUCACGGAUCCUUCGGUGGUGGUCAUGGUGGGGGUUCCUACGAUCUCAGCGGUGGUGAUCACGGCGGAGGAUCCUACGGCGGUGGUCAUGGCGGAGGAUCUUUCGACGGCGGUCACGGUGGAGGAUCCUAUGGCGGUGGUCUUGGCGGAGGAUCUUUUGGAGGUGAUCAUGGUGGAGGUGGUUUCGGCGGUGGCCAUGGAUCAUUUGGUGAUGAUCAUGGCUCCGGUGGAUCAUUCGAUGAUCAUCAUGGUGGCGGCGGUGGCGGCGGCGGCUACGGUGGAGGCGGCGGCGGCUUCGGUGGAGGCGGCGGCGGUUACGGUGGUGGUGGCGGCCACGGUGGCGGUGGAUCAUUCGAUGAUCAUCAU